AUGGCAGCUCAAGCCGCCGGAAUCUUCAGCCCCGCCGUAACAAACGCCGCUUCUGCCGUGAAGAAACCCAACCUCUUCUCAACAACCCACCGUCCAAAAUCUCUCUCCUUCACCAAAACCGCAAUCCGCGCCGAGAAAACAGAAUCCUCUUCUUCUUCCGCCGCCGUGAAAGAAGAAGCUCCGGUUGGAUUCACUCCACCGCAGCUAGAUCCAAACACACCGUCACCGAUCUUCGCCGGAAGCACCGGAGGUCUUCUCCGUAAAGCUCAAGUGGAAGAAUUCUACGUCAUUACAUGGAACUCACCCAAAGAACAAAUCUUUGAGAUGCCAACAGGAGGAGCUGCAAUAAUGAGAGAAGGACCAAACUUGUUGAAACUAGCGAGGAAAGAACAGUGUUUGGCUUUAGGUACGAGGUUGAGAUCAAAGUACAAGAUCAAUUACCAGUUUUACAGAAUGUUUCCUAAUGGAGAGGUUCAGUAUCUUCACCCAAAAGAUGGAGUUUAUCCAGAGAAAGCAAAUCCAGGAAGAGAAGGUGUUGGACUAAACAUGAGAUCUAUUGGGAAAAAUGUUAGUCCCAUUGAGGUUAAAUUCACUGGGAAACAAUCUUAUGAUUUGUAG